AUGAACAACUCAACCACCCCAACUAAUGGCCUUGUUGUCACUCCAGAGAUGUGGCAGCAGAUGCAAUCAAUGCUUGCGCUCUUCCAAAAAUCCACAUCAGCUCCAGUUCCGGCUUCUUUGGAUCAACAACCUUCAGCCAAACCAACCCAUAAAGCCUCUCUAACCAGCACAGCAUCCAUCUUGGAUUCCAACUUGGGGCCUCAACAAUCCAAUCAGCCUCAAGAAUCCAAUCAGCCAGAAUCAGACAAUGAAGUGACUUCAGAUGAUAGUGGCUUUAAAAACCACAAAAAGAAAUCUACAGCCCCUCCAAACAAGCAAUCACCUCCUAUCAUCGACACACAAGUUGCUCAAAACCACUCCAGAAACAAAGAUCAAGACCUCAACGUGAUUUCAGAUGUGAAAAGUUACGACUUUAGCAUUGGUGAUGACGAUGUUUUGGAUGGUUUGCUUGAAAGUAAUAUUCUCGGUAUUGAGGACUCCAAGGACUCCCCGGAUAUUGAGGACGCCCCAGCUAGUGAGGACGCCUCAGAUUGUGAAGACGACGCCCCGGCUAUUGAGGAUGCCCCGGCUAUCAAGGAUUCCCCGGCUAUCGAGGAUGCCCCGGCUAUCGAGAACGCCGCGGCUAUCAAAGAAAAUGAAGCUAGCCCAAGCUCGGAUCCGUCUCCAAGUCAGGAAGCUAUGAAGUUUUGUCUGUCUCUGGCCGAUCUGGCCUUACAACUCCCCGAAUGGCCCACAGUCGUCACCGAUCUGAUAGAGAAGUUUGGCAAGGACCCUAAAACCGUCCUGGUCCUGCUCGAGUUUCUUACCGUCUUCCCUCAAGAGAUCGUCGGCAAUUCAAAGAUCAAAAUUCUCAAUCAAUGGAGUACCCCUGAGAUCGCUCAACUGGUUCCAAGCACCCUUGCGAUGUAUUUAGGCGCUCAAGAAGACGAUUCACUAUUCGAAUCAGCUGUGGACUUUAUCUUUGAUCUGAUCCACGAGACUCAAGAGAUCAACAAGAAAAAUGUUUCAGAUCUUCUGGAGCGCCUAGACACGUUUCUUUUGAUCAUCGGUAGACUGGAAGGAGACCUGCUGCCGGACUGUCUCAAGUCGAUGGGCGAGAUCUGGACGGUUAUCUCUGAGAUCCUGGAGCAAUAUGGGAGCAGUAUCAAGCUAUCGGAGCGUAUCUGUGCGCUGAUCCGUCGCGGGCUGACGUUCUACGGCGAAGCCUGUCAGCCUCUCAUUGGCUCCGUCUUAGAGAAGCCGCCUGCGCAACGUCAGCCCCGCCCCCAUGACUUGAGGCUCUCACUGGACCUCAGGUAUCCCAAGCCUGCCCCCAACCCCAAACUCAACUGUUGGGCCAUUCCCCCUGCUUUCAGUCAUAGGGCUUUGGACAAGAAGGCACUCUGUGCCAUCCUGAAGAAAGUGCCUGGAUCAAACCAGGAAGAAGAAGUGAUCAUGGACAUCCAAAUGGAUGGAAAAAGUGUGCAUCUCAGCAAUUAUGAUGAGCAAAAGAGGAUGGUUCCACACAGCCAUGUAGAUGGCUUGAUUGACCCAGCUGUAUUUGUUUCUGGAAUCAAAUACGCAGUCCGCCAGCCGGAUUUCCAUCAAACAAUACACCUGAAAAUGAGCAGCAAAUCUCAUUUAUCAUAUCUGGUCAAAUUUACCAGGAAAACAGUCUCCUUUGCAGGGUUGCAGAAGUUAUACGAUCAGCAGGGAGAAACAAUUGAUCUCCACCAGCAACAAUUGGCACCGCUGGAGCCACCAGUUGCAUCUGGUUCAUCCAAGCGGAAGGAGCCUGUCAAAUCCUCAAGCUCCCCCCUAAUUGCUGCUAAGCCAAGAAAAGCACACAUGUUGGAGGAUGAUGUUCCUCAUCAUCAAAUUGACCAUCCUGGUUACUCCGAAAAAUCAUGUUGGACAUCUCUCAACACCUUGAAGCUCCUGGAAAUUCUGGAGAAAAAUCCAGGCCAAAAAAUUGGUCGUAGCAACAAAAUCUGGGAGAUUGCGGUGACAGAACUUUUGGGGUCAGAGAAGGCAACAAUGUCAUCCAAAAAAGAUAUUGCUGCCUGCAGAAGUCGUUUUGCACAUAUCUUCCCCGCUUACAAGGCCAUUGGUCGCUUGCUGGAUGAUUUUGGUGGCACAUGGUCUGAUAAACUCCGUUGCCCGUUGGUUUCACCAGAUGUCUGA